AUGCUUCGUCUUGCUGUAAGUUUUAAGUUUUAUUAGUUUUUAUGCUGAAUUUAGAACAAACAGUUGUUGAAGUCGUUGAAUGGAGCUGUUAGAUCCAGCUUGUUUGGAGCUUCACCAAGAUUCUUAGCCACUUCGGCCGCUUUGAAACACGGUGUUCUUGGUCCACGUCAAGAUGUCCCCAACUUCUCGGUAAGACAUAGUUAGUUUUGAAGAUACGUAUGGCAAGUUAUUUUAUAUUUACUGUUUGGUUACUAUGUGUGUUCUGUUGUUUUAGUUAAUAAAAUGACCUAGAAUUAGACAUGAGAAACGGGCCGGGCCGGCCUUAAGCAAAAUCUAGAUCGGGCCGGGCCUAAAAAUUAGGGCCGGCCCUUGGAAAGUCGGGCCGGGCCUGGAAAAAAAAUUUCUAAAUUUUUUAAAAUUUUUUAUUUCAAUCCCCGUUUAUGUUUUUAGAUUUUAUUGGGUUCUAUGAUCCAUAAAUGAUCUAAAAAACAAUUUAAAGCCAAUUUUCCGUUUAGUUUUUAAGUUUCAAAAUUUUUAAAAUUUUUUAAAACGGGCCGGGCCUAGAAAUUUUCUGAUCGGGCCGGGCUUGAAAAUUGGGCCCGGCCCGUUUCUCAUGUCUACCUAGAAUCAUUAUGUUAACAAUUUUUAGGGGACUGCUGUUGUUGACGGUGAAUUCAAGCAAAUCUCUUACACUGAUUACGCUGGAAAAUGGCUUUUACUUUUCUUUUAUCCAUUGGAUUUCACUUUUGUUUGCCCAACCGAGAUUAUUGCCUUCAGCGAUCGUGUAGAUGAGUUCAAGAAGUUGGGAUGUGAAGUUGUUGCCUGCUCAUGCGACUCCCAGUUUUCCCACUUGGCUUGGGUUAAGCAGCCAAGAAAGGAAGGAGGUUUGGGCGAUAUGAAGGUAUGAAUUUUAUAAAUUCAGAGGUGUUUGAUAAAAUUUUUUUUAUUAGAUGAUACUGCUUUUCUUCUUUUUUACCAGUUUGAGAAAAAAUAGGGGUAGUAGAUAAAUUUUUUAAAUAAUAAAUUGACUAAUAACACUGUUUUAUCUCAAUAUGUUUUAGAUCCCAAUCCUAGCUGACUUCACCAAGAAGAUCACGAAAGAUUUUGGAGUUUUGGAGCCAGAAAUGGGAGUUUCUUUCCGUGGUUUGUUCAUUGUUGAUCCUAAUGGCAAGAUUCGUCAUUCUUUGGUCAACGAUUUGCCAGUCGGAAGAAGUGUGGAUGAAGCUCUCAGAAUCUUAAAGGCUUUCCAAUUCUUCGAAAAGCAUGGAGAAGGUUUGUAAUGUGUAUUUCUUAUUAGCAGAAUGUUUUUGAGAAUAACUAAAAGAAAUAUGAUUGUAUAUUGCUAUUUGCAAUUUUUGGAUAUUAUUCAUUUCAGUUAGUCGUAGCGUUUACAACUAAAAACCUUACUAUUAAUGCGGAAACUAAUUGAAAAAUUUAAAUUGUAGCUUUGAAUUUUUAAUAAUUUUAUUAUUAGUACUUUUCCGUUUCAGCACAUUUUUUAAUUUUUAAUUUAACAUCUGGUUUUAGUGUGCCCAGCCGGCUGGGAAGAAGGAGGCGAAUCUAUUAACACCUCGUCCCCAAAGGAGUACUUCAGCAAAGUUAACAAAUAA